CAAGUUGUGUGAAUGCAUAUUCCCAGAUAUGUGAUGACUUGUAGUAGCAAUUAUUAAAACCUUAGACCAAAAUCACCAACCAAAACAACUUCCUUAACAACCGAUGGGUCCUUUUACCAAUUCAUCUGAAUUUAAUUUUAUCAUAUGAUUGAAGAAGAAGAAGAAGACUCACCAUAAAAUGUCUUCUCUGUCGCAAUCGCAAUCGCAAUCGCCGCCGGAGAUGCAAAUCCAACCGCCGGCAUUGCUGGACGACGAUCCUUCCUCCGCCAUGUGGGAUUGGGGUGAUCUCCUCCUCGACUUCGCCGCAGACGAGCGUCUCCUCGUCUCCUUGGAGUCCGAUCAACCUCCCUUCUCCCCCGCUCCUCCUCCUCCUCCUCCGACGACGACGAUUUCGACGUAUCCUUCUCCGGAUGAAUCAGGCUCUGGCUCCGAUCGGGUCAGGAAGCGAGACCCGAGGCUGCUCUGUUCCAAUUUCGUGGAAGGUUUGCUCCCGUGCUCGUGUCCGGAGCUCGAUCAGAAGCUGGAGGAGGCUGAGUUACCGAAGAAGAAACGGGUACGAGGCGGCGGGGUGUCGGGCGUGGCUCGGUGUCAAGUUCCGGGUUGUGAGGUUGAUAUAAGCGAGCUCAAAGGGUACCACAGAAGGCACAAGGUUUGCCUCCAGUGUGCCAACGCUACAUCCGUUGUGCUUGAGGGAGAGGAUAAGAGAUACUGUCAACAGUGUGGAAAGUUCCACGUGCUCCCGGACUUCGACGAGGGGAAACGCAGCUGUCGGAGGAAGCUAGAGCGUCACAACAACAGGAGGAAAAGGAAACCUGUAGAUAAAGGAGGACUUGCUUCGAAACAACAACAGCAAGUGUUAUCACAGAAUGAUAACAGCGUCAUUGAUGUUGAUGAUGGUAAAGAUAAUGGAUGUUCUAGUGACCAGAGAGUGGAACAAGAUGCUUCGUUGAAUUUUGAAGACCGGCGUAUUCCCACUCAGGGGUCUGUACCAUUUACCCAUAGCAUCAACGCGGACAGCUUUGUCUCUGGUACAGGUUCGGGUGAAGCUCUACCAGAUGAAGGAAUUAAUGACACAAAGUUUGAACGUUCACCUUCCGGUGGUGACAACAAAAGUGCUUACUCAACUAUGUGCCCCACAGGUCGGAUCUCUUUCAAACUCUACGAUUGGAAUCCAGCGGAGUUCCCUCGGAGACUACGUCAUCAAAUAUUCCAAUGGCUGGCCACCAUGCCUGUUGAGCUGGAGGGCUAUAUCCGUCCUGGAUGUACAAUUUUGACUGUCUUUAUAGCAAUGCCAGAGAUUAUGUGGGCGAAGUUGUCUAAAGAUCCUGUGGCAUAUCUGGAUGAAUUUAUUCUUAAACCUGGGAAGAUGCUAUUUGGAAGAGGCUCGAUGACUGUCUAUUUGAACAACAUGAUUUUUCGUCUUAUCAAAGGUGGAACAACUUUAAGAAGAGUAGAUGUUAAACUAGAGUCACCAAAACUUCAGUUUGUGUAUCCAACCUGUUUUGAAGCUGGCAAACCAAUUGAACUCGUUGUUUGUGGACUUAACCUUGUGCAACCCAAAUGCCGGUUUCUUGUGUCUUUUUCUGGGAAGUACUUACCACAUAACUAUUCUGUUGUACCUGCACCGGGCCAGGAUGGGAAGCGUUCUUGUAGUAACAAGUUGUACAGGAUAAAUAUUGUGAAUUCUGAUCCUAAUCUAUUUGGCCCUGCAUUUGUCGAGGUUGAAAAUGAAUCUGGCCUAUCAAAUUUCAUACCUCUAAUAAUUGGAGAUAAAGCUAUUUGUUUUGAAAUGAAAGUAAUAGAGCAGAAGUUCAAUGCUACACUCUUUCCAGAGGAACAAGGCAUUACCGCCUGCUGUUCUUUGACUUGCUGUUGCAAGGAUUUCAAAGAGAGGCAGAGCUCCUUUACUGGGCUCUUGUUAGAUAUUGCAUGGUCAGUGAAGGUGCCCUCUACAGAAUGCACUGAGCAGACCGUGAACCGAUGUCAGAUAAAAAGAUACAACAGAGUACUGAAUUAUCUGAUACAGAGUGACUCGCCCUCAAUCUUAGGAAACGUACUGCACAAUCUGGAAACUUUGGUGAACAAAAUGAAGCCGGACAGUCUCGUUCACUGUACGUGUGACUGCGACGUGAGGCUUCUACAUGAAAAUAUGAAUACAGCCAGAAAGCAGCAAAGCCAUGAAGAUUCAAAGGUGAAUCCAGUAACACCAGUGUGCUGUUGUGACAGCAGUUUCCAGAAGGACUUUCCAUCAAGAGUAUUAAACUUCAAUCAGGAACCAGAUGUAGGAUUAGGUUGUGACGAGAGGAUACGAGCGGCUUCACCAGAUACAGGCAGAAAAGAGACAGAUCCUCUUUUAAACAACGAGGUUAUCAUGAAUGUAAAUGACAUAGGAGACUGGCCAAGGAAGUCUUGUAUACCAAUACAGUCUGCCCAAACAUUCAGGUCUCGUCAAACUGUUCUCUUUAUCGCCACAAUUGCUGUCUGUUUUGCGGUCUGUGUGGUUCUCUACCAUCCAAACAAGGUCACGCAGCUUGCAGUGUCGAUCCGGACGAGAUUGGCACACAAACUAUGAAUAAAAAGUCCAAUGGCAGAGACUCUCAUUUUAACCGUUGAAGAUGUGUUCAUAAAAAAAACUUGGAGGGUAGCUGUAUAAAAAAAGCUUGUCUCAACCUUCAACAAGAGCUCAGCUACAGCUUCUCAAGAUAGAUUCCCUUGAGAAAGAGAUAAAGUGGUUUAAUUAUCAGAUGAGUUUACUUGCUCUUUCUCCUCUGUUCUUCUUCCCAAUUUCUUAAAAGACAUGGUGGUGAUGCUGCAACUGUAAUAACAGGAAAUGGUCUGGUCAGUGACCUGAUUGCUCCUAACCGACUAGUGUUUAUAUAUAUAGACUAGGGCUUUGCUUUCGCUCACUGUAACAUGUUUUUUUCUUGGUCUAAAACGUUUCAUGGACA